AUGCACAAGAGAGCACAGAAAAGACACAAGGAGAUUCCUGGAAGCGAACGCACAAGAGAGCACAGAAAAGACACAAGGAGAUUCCUGGAAGUGAAAGCACAAGAGAGCACAGAAAAGACACAAGGAGAUUCCUGGAAGCAAAAGCACAAAAGAGCACAGAAAAGACACAAGGAGAUUCCUGGAAGCGAACGCACAAGAGAGCACAGAAAAGACACAAGGAGAUUCUUGGAAGCGAAAGCACAAGAGAGCACAGAAAAGACACAAGGAGAUUCCUGGUGGCGAACGCACAAAAGAGCACAGAAAAGACACAAGGAGAUUCCUGGAAGCGAAGCACAAGAAAGCACAGAAAAGACAAGGAGAUUCCUGGAAGCGAAAGCACAAGAAAGCACAGAAAAGACACAAGGAGAUUCCUGGAAGCGAACGCACAAGAGAGCACAGAAAAGACACAAAGAGAUUCCUGGAAGCGAAAGCACAAGAGAGCACAGAAAAGACACGAGGAGAUUCCUGGAAGCGAACGCACAAGAGAGCACAGAAAAGACACAAGGAAAUUCCUGGAAACGAAAGCACAGGUAA